AUGAGGGGUACUCUCAAGUCCCAUGCCGUUUCUGACCGAAAAUUAGCUUGCAAGGAAGCUAUUCUACCUGUUUUCAAGCAUCAGCUCCGAUCUCGAGAAAGCGGCACAGCUGCAGCAGCGGCAAUGGCGAUUUCAGCGGCUUGUAUUUUUCUCGCUUCUUCUCUCAUUCUCAUCUCAGCUUCUGCAGCAGACAGCAACAAUAAUCCAGCUGAUGAGCUUGUGAACGCAAUCAUCAACAACCGCACUGCCCACAAAUCAUCUCGCCUUGUUGACAGCCCUGGCCUCGCCUGCAUUGCGUUGCAGUACAUAAAAGCUUACCAAGGCAAGUGCGAUGAGGUAAGUAACAAGAAGCCGGCUGACAGAGACUUUGUGGAGACCUUCGCACCCAAUUGCGGUGUCCAGGCAUCGACGCUUGCCCCCAUUACAGGCCGGCUGCUGGGUUGCCAAUCAAAAUAUGUCCGCGCCUCCCAAGCAUUUUCUGAUCUUCUGAUCCAGGACAACAAGAGCUUGGAGAUUCUGUACAGCAAGAAUCACACGCAAGUGGGUGCAGCCGUAAGCGGCACCGAUGGUGGGUCCCCGUAUUUCUGGUGCGUGCUGUUCAGCAGUGGCAAGCCCAACAGCACAUUCAUCUUGGAUGGUGGGGAGGCGAAGAGUCAGCGACCUGGAUGCUUCAGCGGCACUAAUGAGACAUGCAGUGGUGCCAGUGGGCCCCAACACCAUCUUCUGUGGCCGUCCACUGCAGGAAUUUUGAUUGUCAUGGCUUACGCCUUUGGCUUGUGAGCAUGUCGCACCAUUCGCUUAUUGCGUUUUUUGCCGUUUCAGCUGCAUUGGCUUCUCGGCACCACCUUGAUUGAUUUGUAUCUGUUGUUUUUGUAAGCUGUUUUGGGUCAGGAGUGAGAGAACAUUGCUUUAUUCAAGGGGGAGGAAUGAUCAUAUGCAACCCCCUGCAAUGCUGUGUUGUAUGUGCUGGACAUAGGUUGCGCAGAAGGUGGGCCUCAUCAUGAAGAUCCCCUGCUGCAAGAAAGAGGUCAAUCCACUGUUCAGGUUAGCCACAUCUGUACAUUGAGUGAGAUUGUCAGUCGUUCAACGCUUUCAAUGGUGUGAUCCAUCGAAUGAGUGGACUGGCCUGAUUUUCAUGAUGUAGCCUGCCUUUCGCACAAGUGUACCCGACACAUGCCGCAUGAUGGCAGGAAAAUGAUGCCGCAUGUGGGGGGGCUGUAUGUGAAAAUUCUUAGUUGGAGGGGUUGUAUCUGUUGUUGUAUUCUUUUUGUUCAACUUCAAUCGUUCAGUCAUCUUUCAUUUUUUUGGUCCUC